UUAUUUUCUUCUCUUUCAAGUCCCUCGAAAACCGUAGCAAUGCGUCACUUUCAACAGUAACUCGUGCAAAACGUUUUUUAAUUAACGAAAAAUUAAAAAAAAAGUCUGAUUAAAGGUAGUGGAUUUUAAAAUAAACAUAACAACAACAACAAAAUGCUACAACAUACCGCCACAGAUUUCUACGAUUUAGCCGCCGCCAAUGCGGCCGUAUUGAGUGCGCGUCAAACGCCACCAUACAGUCCGACGGGUCUUAUCAGCGCCGGAGCGGGUCUCAGCAAUAACAAUAACAACAAUACAAGCAAUAAUAAUUUAGAUAUGUUGGGACACAAUGGCAGUAUUAUUGGACCUGGUGGCGGCGGUGGUGGCGGUGUACAUAUCGGCAAUACGAAUGGUGGCAGCAAUGGACGUGAAACGUUACCCAGUUUCGGUUUCACGCAGGAGCAGGUGGCCUGUGUGUGUGAGGUACUCCAACAAGCUGGCAACAUCGAAAGACUGGGCCGCUUCCUUUGGUCCUUACCGCAAUGUGAUAAACUGCAAUUGAACGAGUCUGUGCUGAAAGCGAAGGCCGUCGUUGCAUUCCAUCGUGGACAGUAUAAGGAGUUAUAUCGUCUACUCGAACAUCAUCAAUUCUCACCACAUAAUCACGCCAAAUUGCAGGCGCUAUGGUUGAAAGCGCAUUAUGUGGAAGCCGAAAAACUGCGCGGAAGACCUUUAGGUGCUGUUGGUAAAUAUCGCGUUCGUCGCAAAUUUCCACUGCCACGCACAAUUUGGGAUGGCGAAGAGACGAGUUACUGCUUCAAGGAGAAAUCUCGCUCUGUAUUAAGAGACUGGUACGCACACAAUCCAUAUCCUUCCCCGCGUGAGAAACGUGAAUUAGCAGAGGCUACAGGACUGACAACCACACAGGUUUCAAAUUGGUUUAAAAAUCGGAGACAACGUGAUCGCGCUGCCGAACACAAAGACGGCGCAUCGGACAAACAACAUUUGGAUUCAUCCAGCGAUUCCGAGAUGGAAGGUUCGUUGCUGCAACAAACGCAUAAUGUGACCAACAACAAUCAUCACCAUCAACAACAGCAAGUGCAUCAGCACCAAUCGCCACAUCACCAGCAACACACCACCGCACAUACGCAAUCACAACAACAACAGCAAGCACAACAGUUAUCACCAACAACGACACACAACAAUCACCAUCAUCAUCAUCACCACCAUCAUCAUGCUGCUGCCGCUGCGGCAGCGGCUGCUGCUGUCGCCGCACAAUUACCGCAAUCACACCAUGCCAGCGCCGCGACGAGCAUGGAACAGGCACAUCAUCAACAACACCCGCAUAGCUUGAAUGCCACACAAUUGGUGGGACUCUCACCCACCGCCGGCGGUGGUAGUGGUACGGGUGGUGGCGGUCUGACCACUGCAGCUGUUGCCGCUGCGGCUGCUGCUGCCGCUGCCUCUUCAAGCAGUAAAAAUGGCAAUAAUGCUGCUGCUGCUGCCGCGGCGGCGGCGGCUGCCGGACAAAUGGCGCCUCUCUCGGUCGCAUAUCCACACCUACACAGCGUCAUGGGUUCGAUACCCAUCUACGAUAUGAGCGAAUAUCAGCAUUUAUGAUUUUAGUUGGAAACAUCCGCCGAGUGGAUGGCCAAUGCAGCAGCAGUAGCUGCAACGGCAACAGCCACAUCGGCUGUAGGCACUGAGUAUAAAGCUACUGCUGAGUGCGGUAUGACGGCGGCAGAGACAGCAGUGGCGGCUAUGAGGCAGGAAUUGCAACAAUCGGCAAAUUUCUACUAUUAAUUGAAACGCGGCGGUCACAUAGAAGGGGUUGACGGAAACCAGUGAUAUAAAAAAGUGUUAAAUAACCCAAACAGUUAUUAUACCGUUAGCUUGAGGCUUACAACGGAAUGUUAUUCGCGCUGAUAACAUGAAAUUUUCGCUAAAGCCACACCCCUGUGCCGUACACUUGGAGUAGUUAGACUUUAUACAAUUUAAAAAGAAGGGGUUUAAAAAGAAGGGGGAAGUUCAAUACCGUUAAUCUUUUAAAAAGCAGUUAAAUAUUUUUUUUAAUAUUCAGAUAUAUUAUACUAAGGUCAAUAAGUCAGUUGUUUGAUUGCCAAAACUCGUCUCGACUUGCUAGAAAAUUAAGUUGAUAGGAUAUUUUUCCAAUAUGAAGUCAAUGUUAUGUCAAAAUUUUCGAUCAAUAUUCCUGAAUUUCCUUUUAAUAAAACUUACAAGACAAUUUUUGAAUAACUGUCAGCAAUUUUGAACAACUGUCAACACAACUGUCAAACAUGUAAACAAAAAUCAGCUGUUCUGUUAUGUUAACAACAGAGCUGUAAUGUUAAACAACAGAGCAUUUUAAACUGUAGUUAAAUUUAAAUGAACACUGUAAAAUCGAACCCUAAUAGAAAACGCAAAAAAAAAUAUUUGCACGCAAUUUCUUUAGCAAUACAUAUUACACACAAAAAACAAAUAGUAGCAACACAGUAUAUUAUAUUAUUGUACAACAAACAUAGACGGAUAUGUUAAGGAUAAUUAAAAU